AUGAACCACUAUGAAGACUUCGACCUUAACAGAACUGCUGGUUGCUUCUCAAAGUGUACACAGUCGCAGAAGGAAUUCUGUCAUCUGGGAAACUUGCAGAGAUAUUGGCUGAACUUCGAGACCUAUCUGGUGGAGAAGAGUCAGACGGACACAUUGAAUACGUCUUUUUUGACAGCGCUCAUCAAGAGCAUCAACACCAGUGUCUCAGAAGACCUGUACUUCUCUCUGACCCCCUCUCAGAUUCCGAAGCAGGUGACCAAGGAUGAUCACCAGCACCCUGACAGAGUCCGGCUACCCAAGAGCCUUUUCGGACCCCUUAAGAGCGGCAGGCCGAUGGUCCGGUUGGGCAUAAUCAUCCUGGACGUCGGUCCGGGGAAUGUCUUCAAGGGCUCCCUGCUCAGCCGGGAGGACGGCAGCAGCGUGUUGAACAAUCGCAUGGUGGGCUUGACUCUGGGUCACAUAAAUGUCAUCAAACUGGCCGAGCCUUUGGAGAUCACCUUCUCCCACCAGUACCAGCCCUCUAACAUGAGCCUCAGCUGUGAAUUCUGGGAUGCAACUAAAGGUACAUCAGGAGACUGGUCUUCCAAGGGCUGCUCCACAGAGGUCGGAGUCCGCAGGACGGUCUGCCGCUGUGACCACCUGACCUUCUUCGCCCUGCUGCUGAGGCCGAUCUUGGAUGAGGCCAUGGUGCAGGCCCUCAUACACAUUUCCCAGGCUGGCUGUGGAACCUCCAUGAUCUUCCUGGCCUUCACCAUCAUCCUCUACGCUGUCCUGAGGUUCUCCCGGCAGAGGUUCAAGUCUGAAGACGCCCCCAAGAUCCAUGUGGCGCUGAGCAUCAGCUUGUUUCUCCUGAAUCUGGCCUUCUUCAUCAAUGUGGGGCAACGCCUUAAGGGGUCCAAAGCUGCCUGCUGGGCCCGGGGGGCUGUCUUCCACUACUUCCUGCUCUGUGCCUUCACUUGGAUGAGCCUGGAAGCCUUCCACCUCUACCUGCUCGUCAUCAAGGUCUUUAACACCUACUUCGGCCACUACUUCCUGAAGCUGAGCCUCGUGGGCUGGGUCCUGCCUGCCCUAAUAGUCAUCGGUACUGGGAUCGCCAACAGCUACGGCCCCUACUCCAUCCGUGAUGAGAAGAACGUCACCAUACUGGAGCUGUGCUGGUUCCGUGAGAACACUGCCCUCUAUGUCGUUGUGCACGGCUAUUUCCUCAUCGUUUUCCUCUUCAGCGCUGUGAUCCUGAGCCUGGUGUCCUGGAAGAUCUUCACUCUGUCGAGUGCCACGGCGGGCAAGGAGAAGGCGCAGCACUGGAAGGGCGUGCUCACCCUGCUGGGCCUCUCGUGCCUGGUGGGCAUGCCGUGGGGGCUGGCCCUCCUCACGUCCCUGGGCCCAUUCACCGCCUAUGUCUUUGCACUGUUCACCUCUCUGCAAGGCGUCUUCAUCUUCUGCUGGUUCGUUGUCCUCUACUGGCCACGCCAGAGCGCCGUGACCUCAUCUGGCACUGCCCGGGUUGACCACGCCCACACCGUGUCUCAUGAGUAG